GCUGCUGUGGUCUAGAGCAAUGGAGGAAACUGAGCUCUGCUUUCCCCAAAUGUUCAACUCCUCCUGCAGGAGGCCAAAGCGUCCCUACUUCGAGGCAGCUCCACACUCCCACCAAUGUCCUCCUCCUCUCUCUGGCUGCCUCAGACUUCCUUGUUGGUCUUCUCAUGUUUUUUCAGAUUAUUCUCAUAAACGGCUGUUGGUUCCUCGGUGACAUUAUCUGUGUUUUGUAUCAGUAUCUGGCUUAUACUAUUACCGCAGCCUCAAUAACAACCAUGGUUCUGAUUUCUGUUGAUCGUUAUGUGGCCAUUUGUUAUCCUUUGCAGUACCCAACUAAAAUUACACAGAAAGUAGUGAAGUUCCUUGUCUGCCUGUGUUGGUUUGGCUCCAUGAUAUUUCAAUGUGUUAUUCUGAAGGAUGAUCUACAACAGCCAGGCAGGUAUAACUCCUGUUAUGGCGAGUGCAUCAUUGUUAUUAACUACAUUGUGGGAUUUGUUGAUAUGACCUUUAACCUUAUUCUUCCCAUCACUGUAAUUGUGAUUCUGUAUCUAAGAAUAUUCAUGGUGGCAGUGUCUCAGGCCCGGGUGAUGCGCUCUCACAUUGCAGCUGUUACUCUGCAGGUUCCCCUAACUAGAAUGAAAUCUGAGAUGAAAGCAGCCAGAACACUUGGUGUUGUUGUUGUUGUUUUUCUUCUGUGCAUGUGUCCAUAUUUUUGUGUUGCUCUCACAGGCCAGGACCAGCUGCUUAAUGCAUCAUCUGCAACUUUUGUCAUUUAUUUAAUUUACUUCAAUUCCUGCCUAAAUCCUGUUAUUUAUGCAUUUUUCUAUCCCUGGUUCAGAAAAUCUGUCAAACUUAUUUUAACACUGGGGAUUCUGCUACCUGGCUCUUGUGACAUCAAUGUGAUGUAGAGAAAUUCUUUGUGAAGUUUAAUGUUGGUACAUUGGUCAAUAUAUCAGGCUACACCAUUCAUCUCAGUCAACUAUAUUCUCUCAGGCUACAUGUUAUUGUAUUUACUGUGUAGUAGUGUAGGCUUAGUUUAAAUGUAAGCUAAAGGCUGAACCACUAUUAGUUUUAGAUAUUUGGCAGACGGGUACAGACGGAGAGACAGACAGACAGAUGCAUAUAGCAGUGUAAAAAACUGUUUGACAUGCACCCCUUCCUGUCUUCUUAUUUUUAAUAUUUUUACACUUUAGCAAUUUUGAACAUCAAACAAACUAAAAUACCAGUUAAAGACAACUUACGCCCCUCCCAGAUCUAAGAACUUGGACCCCGUUAGCAGCAACAAAUACAGUUA